AUGUUUUGGAAUUAUAAUUUCUUUUUAAAGAAUUGCUUUAUUUUAUCAUUUCAUAUUUUGAUAAUAUUUGGAAUAUCAACUUUCCUAAAUUUGUUGCCAACCUUUAACGUUAAAGGGGAUAUAAAAUCAAAAAAGAAAAGAAAGAAGGAGAAGAAGAAGAAAGGAAAAAUGAAGAAACAUAUAUCAGAAAAAUUUAGUAAAGGUUUAUGUUGCCUAUUUGACAUACUUCUGAGAAAUCUUAUUUACAAUUUGUAUUAUGCAUUUGAUCAAAUUAAAGAGAAUAAUUAUAUCAGGAAUGUUGAGAAUGAAAAGACGAAAAAACAAAUAUGUAUAAAGAAUUUGGACAAAUCGAAGAAAAAUAUUGAAAAAUGCAUAAAUUUAAGUUUAACCGUUUUAAGAAUUAUGCAAGGAAAUAAGAAUUAUUUCAUUCAGCAUAUUUUAGAUAACUAUGCUUCCAUUAAAUCAAUUAAUGUUGAGAAAAAGAAUAAAAAUAAAUUUGAUGAUUCACAUUUAAUGUAUAAUAUGUAUAAAUAUUCAUUCCCAUUAAAAGAAGCAUAUAAAAAUAGUUUUUUUUAUGAUAUAAAUAUGGAUGAAGAAAAACAAAUUUUUAUAAAAAAUAGACAUAUUAAAGCUUAUACUAAUCAAUUUAAUAUUAUAGAUACAUUUAUAGAUAAACAUAAGAAAUAUUCAAAGGAAGAUUUAAUAAAUGAACUUAAUAAUUUGCUACAUAUACAUUAUUUGAAUGAUAGUACAAUGGAAAGGGAAAAUAUUAAAAAGGAAAAUCCGAAAACAAAGGACAAUUUAAUUGAUGAUGAUUUAGUUACUAACGAUUUGUUCUCAGAAUAUUUUAAUAAUUGUAAAAAAAGUAAUAAACUGAAUAUUUUAAUAAAAGAAGUUAAUUUAAAUAGUUUAAAAAAUUUCCAUAAUAUUCUAUACAAAAAUAUUAAUUUUAUAAGGACAUUUAAUGAAAUAAAAGAUGAUGAAAAUAGUGACAUGAAGAAUAUUGAAUUAGCUGAAAUAUUUCAUAUGUGA